AGUAGCCCUAUGUCGAUCCACGCGCAUGGUUAACUAAAACAAUAUUUUCUUCAUUUUUAAUUAUGAUUCGUCCUAUGAUUGGCAUUACACUGUCUAAUUGUGUAAUACAACUUGUAUCGCUUUAUUUGGCGAGCUACUGAGUCUGCGCACUAGAGAGCAAUAAGGAACUCAACUAUCAUUCUAAUAAAAUCCCAUGCAGAGCUACGUGGUUGACACAAACACAGCUAGGCCAUUUUGAGUGAUCGAUUGUCAUUGAGUAACUUUACCUAUAGCUCGAUGUGCUACUAAAGGCUUCAUCUAACGCCAGAUCAAAUCAUCUCCGGGACAGGUACACAAAUCGAAACUACCUAGAACUUGGAGAAAACCAUGCCGAAGCCGAGCGCUUCCAAGGCGACAGGGAAGACCUGCAGGUUCAUCAGUGGUGUGGUGGAAGGCUUUUACGGGCGACCAUGGACUAUGGAACAGAGGACUGAGCUUUUCCAAAGGGAACUUAUUAUCCACCUUGUUCCUUUCACUGAUCCAGUCCUUACAGGAAGUUGUUCCUUUCACCGAUCCAGUCCUUACAGGAAGUUGUUCUUUUCACCGAUCCAGUCCUUACAGGAAGUUGUUCCUUUCACCGAUCCAGCCCUUACAGGAAGUUGUUCCUUUCACCGAUCCAGCCCUUACAGGAAGUUGUUCCUUUCACCGAUCCAGCCCUUACAGGAAGUUGUUCCUUUCACCGAUCCAGCCCUUACAGGAAGUUGUUCCUUUCACCGAUCCAGCCCUUACAGGGAGUUCUUGCUUUCACCGAUCCAGCCCCUACAGGAAGUUGUUGCUUUUCCAGAAGUGUCUCAUACAGUGUGUUUGUAGAGAGCAUAAGUGUCUCAGUGUGUUUGUUUGUGUAGGGAGAAGAAGUGGGGUCUGAACACGUACCUCUACGCCCCUAAAGAUGACUACAAACACAGAAUGUACUGGAGGGACCUAUACUCACCUGAGGAGGCAGAGAAACUGGUUGCUCUGAUAACUGCAGCGAAGAAGAACGGAGUGGACUUCAUCUACGCCAUUUCCCCUGGACUGGACAUCACAUUCUCCAACCCCAAAGAGGUUGCCACCCUGAAGAGGAAACUGGACCAGGUGAGUGGGUUUGGCUGCAGUUCCUUCUCCCUCCUCUUUGACGACAUCGAGACAGAGAUGUGUCCGGCGGACAAGCAGGCAUUCAGCUCGUUCGCCCACGCCCAGGUAGCUGUCACCAACGAGGUGUUCACACACCUGGGACAGCCUGACACCUUCCUCUUCUGCCCCACAGAUUACUGUGCAGCAUUCUGCACUCCUAACGUCUCCCAGUCGGCCUACCUUCACACUGUGGGAGAGAACCUCCUACCUGGGAUUGAUGUUCUCUGGACAGGUCCUAAGGUGGUGUCGCACCACAUCACGGUAGAGUCCAUUGUAGAGGUGUCCUCCGUCCUGAAGAGGGCGCCGGUUAUCUGGGACAACAUCCACGCCAAUGACUACGACCCCCAGAGAAUCUUCAUGGGACCAUACAAGGAUCGUCCCACAGACCUGAUCCCCAAGCUGAGAGGGGUGCUGACCAACCCUAACUGUGAGUACCACCCUAACUUCGUGGCGAUCCACACCCUGGCGACGUGGUGCCGGUCUGAAGGAGGAAGAGGAGGAGGACAGAGAGACGUGGAGAUGACAGGUGGUGGUGAUGAUGAGGCAGGCUCAGACCCCUGCUACAGCCCCAAGAGAGCCCUCACCCUGGCCCUGACUGACUGGCUACAGGAGUUCCUCAGCACGGACCAGCCUGGAGGCCCUCGACCUCUGAACCCCACCCACCUGAAGAAAGAGUCCUCUGACGAGGAGCCCAUGCAGACUGACGUUGGAGACCCCGUGUACGUGCCAGGUUCUGGGGACAACCCCCUGUUCACUGCAGAACCCCUGACCCUGGACGAUCUCCAGCUCCUCUCAGAACUGUUCUACCUGCCGUAUGAACACGGUUCUACUGCUAGAACCAUGCUGACGGAACUGGACUGGCUGAAAGCACACAGAGAAGCAGUGGGAGAUGCAGAGACUGAGAUGACAGCAGAGUGGCGUUCCAGGGCGAAGUGUUUUGACGUGAUGUGUGUUGCUGUGUUUACCAUGUUUAACCGCCUGUCCAACGCCCCCAACCGGAGCAUCCUCUACGACCUCUACAACUACAUCUGUGACAUCAAGAGUGGUGUCACCCUGGCCCGCGCCUACGUCAAACAAUUGGGGGGGCAGAGUAGGCCCUCAGCCCAGGUGAUGACUGACGACCCAGAGCCCUGGGGGUUUAGAGGGGGUCUCUCCGGGGAGUUCCAGAGAAUGCUGCCUUGCCAUGGUAACAGAGAUCUGUUCCGUCACCCUCCUAUGACAUCAGUGUAUUCUAUACGACCCUUCUGCCCAGAAGACAAGACUGAGAUACAGAAGAUCCACAUGGAGAUGCAGAGAGGAGAGGCCAAGGCACCUGCAGCAGCACUACCUGCUCUGAUCAGUGAUGGGCUAGCAGGAGGGCAGCUGUCCCCCUCCCCAAACUGUGGUCUGGUUCUGGAGGAUGAGAGGGGGGUGUGUGGGUACGCCCUGGGCCUCACUGACGCCACAGCAGCUGCACUGAACAACCAGAGGACGUUGCCAGGGGACUUCCCUUCCUUGGUAACCAUGCAGCUCCACCCCCGGGUUACAGACCCCGCCCCCGCCAGGCGUAUGAUUGGCAGCCUGCUCUCGUUGAUGAAAACCAGUGGUUCCAGAGGUGUGUUCUGUGAGCUGAGGCAGGGUGACAGGAGGAUGUUUGACUUCUACUCUAAACUGGGCUCCUUCACAACGCUCAAAAUGGCGGGGCUGCCUCAGGACGUCGUCGCCAUGGGAACCAGCUUGUAGACUUGCCACCACAUUUGCACUACUGCAUCGUCAGGUUUUUAAAAUGACCUUUUGGAUAACGUUUGAUUAAUUCAGCUGCUUAUUUGAUGGCCAUGUGUCAAUCAAUUACUAUGGGAUGAUGUGUCAAAUGUAUCUGAUCAAGUUUGUCAAUGGGAUCCACAUUGUUUGACUGAGUAUUUGUGGAACGGGUCUUUGUAAAUUCCAAUCAGUUAAUGUUAUGUUUUAAUGGAAUGAUAACUUGAAGUGAAUGAUGCAUUUAAAUCAGCCUGUAAGAGGAUCUAACUAAUGUACUGUAUCUGUUGAUCAAUAAAGAUUUGAACAUUUUGAA